GUUAUAUUUUGUACUGUCAUAUGACAAAACAUUUAUUGAUUUUUAUGUAAUUUAUUUUUUAUACUGUUCACUUGAUUAAUGAGCCUUACACGAUUUCGAAAAGCUUGAAUUCGGCCAGUGAAAAAUGUACAACGCAUCCGGUAUAUUAAGGAACAUCGAUUAUAGCUAUGUGAUGCUGAUAGUAACCCAGCUGGUCGAGGUGAGGUUCAAAAUGUGUUCGGGCAUUGCCGUCACUACCAACCUGGCGAUAACGGCGGCCCAUUGUUUCAUAGAAAGCGAUGUCGACAAGCACGCGUUCUCGCCGCACAAGGUGAAGAUGAGCUCGCUGGACAAGGAAGGCAAGUUCGUCACUUACAACGUGGCCAGGGCGUUCUUCAACCCCAUGUACAAACCUUUCAGGGAAAACGACAUCGCCGGACUGCAGGUGUUUGGCGAGUUUCACGUCAACGUGCCGCGCCUCCCCAGCAAAAAGUUUCAAGGCGAUUUGUCCUGCAUUAUUGUCGGAUACGGAGCCCACCUGAAAUCGUACAGCGAACAGAUCAUGCUCUCCUACCUAGUGGUGAAGCCGCUGACCGACGUCAACUGCAGGUCUAUCAACCAGUAUGAAAACGACCUCAUCUGCGUGAUCAUAGAGACGAACCAGAGUCCAUGCCACGGUGACUCCGGGGGGCCUCUUAUCUGCAAUGGUGUCGUCGUAGGCUUGCUCUCCCGAGGGCUGAUAUGGGGAUACGAAGGAUGCGGGAACGCCGUUUACAGCGUACUCUUCUACGAAGAUCUUUUUAUACACUUGAACUGGAUAAAAAGCCUUGAUGUCUUUUCCGGGGAGAUGCUUACGAACGGCGUCGACUCACCUUCAGUUUUUCACACGCCUUCGUUUAUUUUCGCUUUUCUGGCUGGCAUUAGUCACUUGCAUUUCUUCGAAGAAGAGGAUGCUGUAGAGAGGCUUCCCGCAUCCAACCUCGCCCCAAACGAGUCCCCUGGAAAGGACGCCCACCACCGUCCCGGAGCAGAUGAGAGGACCGCCCGAAUCGCCGUGGCAAGGGCCGAGGCCGUCCCCGAGUGGCACGCAGAUCAACGACGUCUUGUAAUUCUGCAGGCUCUUACAUGGGUGGAAGUAGACGCCGGUCACCUCGUGAUCCCUGAAAUCGCCUUCGCGGAGAAACGAGCUGAGCAGCACUUUGUCCGUCGAGAAGCUGACCGCGUUCUUGUCGCUCUCGAGGAAGCAAUGCGCUGCAGUUACGGCCAAGUUGAUUUCAAUCGCGACGGCCGUGCAUUCUUUAUAUGUUAUUUAUUUGUUACUUGUAAGAUUUUAUUUGGAAAAUUUUAUACAGAUAUGCAUCUUGGAGAGGUGGUCGAAGACGGUCUAGCGCUUCAGUUCGUAUUGUUGAUAUUAACUUUGAUAGACGACGAUGGAACGAAUAAGAGGUGCACGGGUGUAGCCAUCAAGGAGGACGUCGUGUUGUCUUGUGCCCAUUGUUUCACUGGCAUUGACGGGCGUUACGUCGAUCAUCGCGACGUCUCGCUCGCUCGGCAAGUAAAACUGAAUACUUUCAAAAUCAGCAAAACUAAGGAAAUCAUAUUCCACCCAGGCUUCGGUCAUCAGGACAAGAACGACAUAGCGCUGGUGAGGGCGGAUGCGAAUUUUACUAAUUACUUCAGGAAUCUGGGCGGUGGCGUCCACGACGUGAAGACAUGCGAAAUUUUCCUCUUCGGGAUGUACGACAAAGACCGUAAAUCGCCGAUCAUCCUCCACAAGGGCAUCAUCCGUCCAGUUUCUGGUAGUGGUUGCGGUAAACUAUCCGUGCACUUCUGCUCUUUUAUGUCCGGCACAGUGGUGCCUUGCAGCGGCGACUCCGGGGGACCCUUGAUCUGCGCGAAUCGAUUAAUAGGAAUCCUAUCGAGGCUGGUUUUCGAGGGUGUUGACGAAUGCGGCAUUUCUAAAAAAGGGAUAGUCAUCUUUGAAAGCUUGGCCGAUCAUAAGGAGUGGUUGUCGAAAGCUCAAAUUUACGUCAUGCCGGAUUUGCACAGUACAGCACAGAGCUCUGGCGGUUCAUCACAAUUCGUUUACCUCGUCAUCACGAUCGUCUUCACCAUCAACUUAUUCAAAAAUUUUCUACCCAAUUUUUAUAAAAUACACUAAA